AUGAUAGUUGGUUUAUUCUCAGGACCAGUUCAAAUAUUGUCCUUAUAUUUUAUAUUGGUAGCAUUAGCCUACAUAGAAAGUGAUGGUUUUCGACAACAAGCGCCAUUCUUAGUUUCACUACCAUAUUUGAUUCUUGCCCUUUGCACUAUGAAUCUUACGAUGCCAGAAAAGAAGCGUUACCUUACUACAGUUUGGCUUUUGUUGGCUGGUAUGUACUUGCGAUUUCUUUUAUGUUAA